AGGGUGGCCCUGGUGGGAUCCAGGGCACCCACAAGGGAACAGGGCACGGCAGGGCAGGGGGAUAUUGGCCAUGGUGGGAUUGGCACUGGCACUGGAACGUGACCCCCGGGCAUGGGGGGCUGGGGGAAGCCCCCAGAUGUGUGUCCUGCCCUGUGUGAGGACCUGGCAUGGAGGGGAUGCUGGCUGGGGUGGGCACAGGAUGGGGUUGGGGUGAGGGUGACCCCACUCGUGCCCGUGCCACGUCCAGGGGCUGUGGCUGCAGGGACCGUCCCAGUUUGGAGCACAUGGGUGGGACUGGGUGCCCCGUGGGGUUUAGGCACACUGGACCACACGGGAAUGCUCCCUCUGCCCUGUACCAGGCCUAAGGGUGGGGAGAGCUUUCUCCCGCAUGUCCAUCUGUCCGGUGGUGAGUCCGUCUGUCCUCUGUCCACCACCACAGGCUCGUCAUGGCCCUGCCCCGCACGCUGGGGGAGCUGCAGCUCUACCGGGUGCUGCAACGUGCCAACCUGCUGGGCUACUACGAGACCUUCAUCCAGCAAGGGGGGGACGACGUGCAGCAGCUCUGCGAGGCGGGCGAGGAGGAGUUCCUGGAGAUCAUGGCGCUGGUGGGCAUGGCCACCAAACCCCUCCACGUCCGCCGCCUCCAGAAGGCCCUGCGGGAAUGGGCCUCCAACCCAGGGCUCUUCAGCCAGCCCGUGUCGGCCGUCCCGGUCAGCAGCAUCCCACUCUUCAAGCUCUCCGAGGCCGGUGGGCGCAAGGCACUCAGCAACGGGCACGCCAGCCCCGGAGAGGCAGCGGGCAAAGGGGGUGGCAGCGCCGGGACGCCCCCAGCGCGCAGCCCCACGGAGCCAGGGGAGAAGCUGUCACCAUCAGCAGCUCCACCGUGGCCGGGAAGGAGCACCCCCGAAUCGGAGGGUGGAGGGGAUGAGGAGCCCGGGGGUCCCCCCUUCUCUCCGAGCGGGAGCAGCGGGGAGCAGGCGGUGGGCACGGAGCUGGAGCCGGAGUUGGCACGGACGGUGGUGGAGAGCGUGGAGAGGCUGCUGCAGAGCUGCCCUCGGGGUGGCGAGGCCGAGCUGAGGGCGCUGAUGAAGCUCAACAAGAAGCUGGCCAAAUCUGUGGGGCACAUCUUCCAGCUGGAGGACGGGGACCGGCAGAAGGAGGAGGAGAUCCGGCGGCACAGCGCGAUCUACGGGCGCGGCGAGGCCCGGCGCCGUGAGGGCAAGCAGCUCACCCUGCACGAGCUCAUCAUCAAUGAGGCGGCCGCCCAGUUCUGCCUGCGGGACAACUCGCUGCUGCUGCGGCGCGUCGAGCUCUUCUCGCUCUCACGGCAGGUGGCACGGGAGAGCACCUACCUGUCCUCGCUCAAGGUGGCCAGGGCCCAUCCCGAGGACAGCGGUGCCGUGGUGGCCAAGCGGCUCAAGCAGGAGGCAGGAGAGCAGAGCCGCCCUGAGCUCCUGGCACUGCCGGUGGGGUUGGAGCCGCCCGGCGCCGGGUACCGAGCCAGCUUGGAGGAGGACACGGGCAGCAUCUCCGGGGAGAGCCUCGAUGGCCAUUUACAGGAGUUCGAGGACGGGCUGGCGGAACGGGGUCCUCCGGCCCCCCCAGACCCCCCUCGGGGCACCAUCAAGGUGGAGCAGGAGACCAGCAGGCAGUGAGGCCCCUGUAGCCCCCCCGCCACCAUUAACGAAGCAAUAACGUGCUGGGGGACGGGUGCGGCGGCGCUCCGGGCCCCGGGGAGCUUGGGGACGGGAGGAGGGGGGGGUCUCAUCCACAACCCUCCCUGGCCCCCCUCCCGUCCCACAGCGACGCUCUGGUUACCUCAGCCGCGGCGGGAUGCCAACUCCCCGCAGCAGCAAUACCCUCAUCCCGCCCGGCUCCGCUCCCGCAGGGCUGGGGAGCCCUCGAUGGACUGGAGCCCACCCUGCAGAGCCCCGUGCUGACCGUUCCCCCCCCUCCCCAUCACAGCUCGGGGACAGACGCGUCGCACUGUGCGCUCCCCCACGUCAGCGCUGCCGCCCACGCCGGGCACACGGUCCCCCCCCCCCCACACACACACACACCCGCACCCGCAGCGCCCACGCAGCAGCCGCCAGCCCCCUCCCCGCAGCACGUGCCAGCUCACUGUGCACCCCCCCAAACCCUGCGACCACCCCCCAGCACCGAAUCGGCUGUAAAUACCCCCCCACACACACACCCACACCCCCGCACGCAUCCCCCUUCCCCCCGCACCCCGAUACCUGCGUGUGCUUCCAGCAUGGUCCCUGUUGUGCCAGGGGGUGCCACACGUGCCAGGGGGGUGGCACCCCCUCCCAGCACGAUGCAGGCGGCUUGGAUGGGCACUGGGGAGGUGCUGUUCCCCCCGCC